UGUUUGGGAUUUGGACGCGCUAGCCUGUCAUCAACUGCCGGUCUCUCAAAGAGGGUGCUCGUUCCGACGUGAAGGCCGAAAAGGCCCCUCUCUCCCCAAGAGUCCCAGCCUCUCAGGUACCGCCGCGAGGCCGACGCGUCCGCGCCCAAUCGAGAGCCCCCGUCUCCUCGCCGCGGCCAUGGAUCCCACCGCCAAUCCCCUCAACAAGAAGGAAUCGGAAGGUGAGCACUCAUCGGAUUACGCUCCCUACCCCAAGCUCAACGCGGAGGACGUCGCGCCCCCUCCGCCGCCCUCCGUCCCCGCUCACCACGCCACCACCAUGCCACCGGAGUCCAACCCCUACGUCACCCCCGCCCCCGCUGCCUCGUCCUCCAAGAAUACGAUGGACACCGUCCGUGAUGUGCUCGGGACUUGGGGGAAAAAGGUAGGGGAAGCGGCAAAGAAGACCGAGGAUUUGGCCGGGAAUGUUUGGCAGCACUUGAAAACAGGACCUAGUGUCACAGAAGCAGCGAUGGGGAGGAUUGCUCAGACAACUAAGGUCAUAGCAGAAGGUGGUUAUGACAAGAUAUUCCAACAGACUUUCGAGACACUUCCUGAAGAGAAACUCAAAAGGUCAUAUGCAUGCUAUCUAUCUACUUCUGCUGGGCCUGUUAUGGGAGUUUUAUACCUCUCUACUGCUAAACUUGCAUUUUGUAGUGACAAUCCUCUGUCAUACAAAGUUGGGGAUCAAACUGAAUGGAGCUAUUACAAGGUAGUAAUUCCACUGCAUCAGCUAAGGUCAGUUAAUCCUUCAGCAAGCAGAGUAAAUCCAGCAGAAAAAUAUAUUCAGGUUGUCUCUGUUGACAACCAUGAGUUCUGGUUCAUGGGUUUUGUGAACUACGACAAUGCUGUUAAAAAUCUACAGGGAGCUAUGCAUGGUGCUCCCAACUUGCAGCCUUAGUUGUGCUGAUGGAUUCGGAUUUGCAGUUCCUAUCGAGUUUUUGUGCAUCAUAUAUCUCAGUAUGUUAGACAGUUGAAACAUAUCUUGUGAUUGAUUUGGCCAGAUGAUUUUCCUAUGUGUCCAUGGUUUGAUAGCUAAGAGAUAUUCAUUAUGCCAUAUGCUGUGGAAUAAAUUAGUUUUGAUGUUUGAUUAGCGUGCUUGUUAAUAAGAUUAUUGUAUUUAAAGGACAAUUCUUUUUUUUCCUGUAUCUUUACAAGGUGAUUGUC